AUGCGUGUUUCCACUCUGAUUAGCGGGUUAUCCUCGAUUAGCGGAUUGGCCUUGGCCCAGACUACCAUUGAACCCGAAGACUUCAGCGUCGUCGAUGCAUUGGCGGAUUUGGGCGUUGAUGUGACAGAGAUCCCCGCUCUGGAGACGUUCUCCGGGAUCGAGACUCGCUCAACCGACAAAGCUUGUGCAGCAGCCUGCGAAAGCUUGAGUUUCCUAUUCGGCUCCAAAAUCUCCAACCCCUCAAGCACAGGGUACAGCAAUUUCACCGACUCAUUCUGGUCUGUGCAGCAAGAAGAGGUCCAGCCCCGCUGCGUGUUCCGUCCCAGCAAGAAUACGGAUGUCAGCACAGCCGUUCUGCUGUCUCGUUUCACAGGCUGCCAUUUUGCCGCGAGAAGUGGUGGUCAUGCUGCCUUUAGCGGUGCCUCUAGCGCCCCUGGCGGAAUCAGCAUUUGGUUCAAGGAUAUGGACGCUGUCACUUUGAAGGAGGACAAGUCGGUCGCGUCUAUCGGUCCCGGAAAUAACUGGUUGACUGCAUACUCCGCCCUUGAGCCGUACGGACUGGCAGUUAUUGGAGGUCGUGCGGCGAGCAUCGGUGUUGGUGGUUUCCUUCUCGGUGGCGGUAUUUCCUACCAUUCCAACCUGUACGGCUGGGCAUGCGACAAUGUGGAGAGCUUCGAGGUCGUAACCGCUAGCGGUCUGAUCGUAACCGCAAGCGAGAAGUCUUUCCCAGACCUGUACUGGGCGCUCCGCGGCGGCGGCAACAACUUCGGUCUCGUAACAAAGUACAAUCUGUACACGAUCCCCGCGCCUACCCUCUACGGCGGCGCCAGAAUCUUCAUGGAGACCGAGUUCGGCGAUGUCGUAAAUGCCUGGGUCAACGUCGCCAACAAUGCUAGCGUCGACCCCCACGCCCAGCAAUACGUCGCAUUCCUCUCAAACAGUGGCAUGAACCUCGCCACUGCAGAGCUGACAUACACGAAGAAUGUUUCGAAUGCCGAAAUCUUCAACCAAUACCGCAGCAUCCCCGCCAUCUCUGAUACCGCCAGCCCCAAGACCCUCGUCGAGUACGUCGAGUACCUCGAGACCGAGAACCCUUCCGGUCUGCGCGAAAUUUACUGGCCCAUCAGCGCUGCGCUGGACGAGGACUAUGCCCUCUGGGUAGUCGAGACAUUCAUGUCAAUGCUCCCCGAGAUGGCUGGUGUUUCUGGUGCUCAGCCUGUUAUCAUUUUCCAGGCUAUCACCGAGCCGAUGCUGCAAAAUAUGAAGAACUUCGGUGGUAAUGCGCUCGGACUUGAGGAUAAGACGGUGCCCGUGCAUAUUGUGCACGUUUCUUGCUGGUGGGACAAUGCGUCGGACGACGAGACUGUCUAUGCUUUCGUUCACAAGUUCAUUGACAAAGUUACCGAGCAGGCGAAGACGCUUGGUUUGUUCGAUGAAUAUGUCUAUAUGAACUAUGCUAGCAUGUUCCAGGAUCCGAUUGCUGGAUAUGGCGAUGCUAACAAGGCUCGUCUUCAGAGUGUUGCGAAGAAGUAUGAUCCCCGCGAGGUCUUCCAGACUCUUCAGCCUGGAUAUUUCAAGUUGAAUGGUGCGCCUGUGACACGGACGUGGUAG